CUUUCUUGCAAACCGCGUGCACGACAAGAUCCGCUCCGUGAAGACGGUCCCACCACCACCAACAUCCACCCGACAACCUCGCGACCUAUUCCAAGUGACCCCUUCGACCCAACAGGAAUAUCUUUGUUCUAUCGUUGAACAAUGAAAUUCCUGACGGCUGUGGUAGCCGCAGGGCUACUGCUGGGUGUUGCGACAAGUCAAGAUGCAGGCCGGGCACUAUUUGUACGGACCUCAGCUGCUCACUCGAGGUCUGUAAGAGCAGCGCCUCCAUCACCAGCAGAUGUGAUGGCUCGAAAUAUCCUAGAGUGGAUUCAAGGCAUCUACCGUCAGGGCACGAGGAAAACCCGUCAACAAUCUGAGAGCAACGUAUACUUACCGCCAUACAGUACCCAGAGACCUCCCGAACGACCUCGACCUUUUCAACCAGCGUCUGUGGCACAACAACCCUCGUAUUCUUCUGCAAGUUUGAACGAAGUCACAAGUUAUCCAAGUUAUCAACAACCGUCGUCGGUGUACACACCCCCCAGCAUCGGAUACUCUUCGAGCCAACCAUCCUCGCCUAAUUAUCCCUCCCAACAACCCUAUCAAACUCCAAGACCGAGUUACGGUCAAUCCGUGUCAUCGACAUUUGGAGGAUCACAAAACUAUGGAUCGUCCAUAUCUCAGCUUAAGCCGAUUCCUACCAAUCCUCCUCCACAGUUUGUUAGCUCUUCAGCGGCACCUUCAGCCGGAUAUCCACCAGCAGGUGUAUACAUACAGCCUCAAACCAACGGGUAUCAACCGUCACCGUCAACUCCGCAACCCAAACCAACAUAUCAACCCCCAUUACCCUCUUCCACUUACAUACCUGUAUCUGUAGGUUCUAAUAAUGGCAACUACUAUCCCCCGAGUGAAUCACCAGUGCCGAAUUUUCCAACACCUGGACCAAACAUCGACACUUCCGGAACGUCUGUAACCGGGUCUGAAACUUCGUCUGGUAUGAGCAAUGUUGAAACAGUUUCAGCGGGGGAAACUGGCACUGCUACAGGCAAUACCGUUUCUGAUGAAGAUUUGAAGCAUCCGCCGCAUAUUCACGCAAUCGAUGUUGAAUGUAGCAAAACUAUGAUGACUAUUAAUAUUGAAUUCAAUCGGGCUUUUGACGGUGUCAUUUACUCGAAGGGCUUCUACACAGACAGCAAUUGUCAGUACGUGAAGCAAGGAACGGGCGAAACCAAAUAUUCCUUCACCGUUAGUUUGGAUUCAUGUGGCACUCAAUUUAUAAAUGAUUUCGAGGGCGAAGCUGGACAGGCUUAUUUGGAAAACGUUUUAGUACUCCAGAAUGAACCAGGAAUUCAAGAGGUCUGGGAUACAGUGCGUAGAGUACGUUGUCUAUGGGAAGGCAACAUCAAUAAGGCCCUUUCCGUUAGUCUAUCUGUUGAUAUGUUGAAUCAAGAGAUUGUUACAUUCAGUGGGGAUACAGCGUCAGCCAAACUAGAUAUUCAAACAGGAAAAGGCCCAUUUGCUCCGGCAGCUAAUGGCCUAGUGAAGAUUGGCGAGACAAUGACGUUGGUGGUAUCCGUUGAAGGUGAUCCUGGAUUUGAUCUACAGGUACACGAUUGCGUUGCCCGCGAUGAAACAUCAACCAAUGUCGUCCAACUAACGGAUGAACGAGGCUGUAUUCUGAAGCCGAAAUUUUUCGGAGCCUUCCAAAAAACCAGAGAAACUGGGAAUACAGGAGCGUCCAUCAUUGCCUAUGCAUUUUUCCAGGCAUUCAAAUUCCCAGAUGUAAUGGAUUUGUACUUGGAAUGUAACAUCGAACUGUGCAAAACAGAUUGCGAAGCAUGUCCAGAACCUAAUCAACAAAUUGACCCUGGCCGUAGACGUCGAGACGUUACUUACGCACCUUCAAACUCUUCUGGAGCUUUGUCCGAUCCAGUCCGUAUCGGAAAAGGAUUUAGAGUAAUAAUGCCCGAAGAUUUGAGUACAGCUUCGAAUUUAGCUUUAGAGAAAAUUGAAGAAAUGGCAGUAGAAGAAUUCAGCAGUGUAAACAACAUUUGCAUGAGCAACACAGGAUUUUAUACUACCUUCUCCUUCAUGCUGAGCUUACUCGUUGCAUCUAUAGUUAGUUCAGCCAUAUUUUACCUGAAAUUACAAACGAUUCGCGCAGCCAAGACGAUGAAUUUACCUAAGGGUCAUUAAAUUGUAAGUAGAAAAACAUCAGCUAUUGAGAAUCAUUAUACAGAAUUGUGACAUAAUGGAGAAAUCAGUUGAAUUUUCUCAAGACUUAAACAACUUGAUAUGUUUUCAUUGUAACAUUAUCGAGUUCCGUGUAGUUUCUCAAAGUUCGCCAGGCCAUUGGUUAAGUACUGCACAUUUGAUGCAUAAUGGCUUGUCAUGGCUUGUCAACUGACAAGUAUAUUAUCGCACCUUAUUCUCCAUAUUGUUGCGUAUAUUAGUCGAUUUAGGAUACAGUUACUGAAAAUUUUAUCGCUUAAUCUACUAACGUCAAAGUAUUUUUACAUUAUUUUCUUAUGGAAAUAAUGCCAAAGCCAAGGGUAUGUUUACGAAUAACAAAUUUUUAUGCUGCACAGAUCCUUACUGAUUGUAAGUAAUUGACACCAGAAUAUAACGAGUGUUAUGUUGAGCAGCAUUGGCCACUAUCUGAAAGGUGUCUUUUGCAGAAAAGUCGAAGUGUUAUUGGAUUUUUUUUUUUUUAAUAAAUUAUAAAUUCGUUAUUUCUGUAAUUAGUUUCCCAGUUUUAUUUCAUUUUCAUUACCGAACAUGAUAUUUUUGACAACGUAUUGUAAUAACAAAAAAUUUAUCCAACAUGACUGAUAUUGCUUUUGUUGACACCGUCAGUUUGGAAAUCAUUAUGACUAUUAGUUUUAGGUAUAGUUACGGUUAUUAUUAUUAUUUGUACAUACGUAGAUUACCCAACAUUUCAGCAAUUUAAUAUACAUAUAUGUUUAUCCCUCAAAAACCAUAAGUACCUCUAAUGAGGAUUUAUGACAACAAUUAACAUACAUGACCUGAAAUAAAACGAAAAGAUAACGACUUGUGUUUUUUGAGCGAUUAUUCGACGAAUGUUUUUGAUUAAUAAAUAGUUUUCUACAUUGUAAACAGGCAA